CCAGCACCUGGGGGGCUGCACAAUACAGCUGCCCCAGCUGCCCGCUACCCUCCUGGAUCCUGAGCCCAGGAUGCAAGGAUGGCCCGCCCAUCUCUGUCCACCAUGGUGCCUCUGGGCCCCCAUAGCCUGCGCCCCUUCACCCGGGAGUCCCUGGCAGCCAUAGAACAGCGGGCUGUGGAGGAGGAGGCCCGGCAGCUGCGGAACAAGCAGAUGGAGAUUGAGGAGCCUGAAAGGAAGCCACGAAGUGACUUGGAGGCUGGCAAGAACCUGCCCCUUAUCUAUGGGGACCCCCCACCUGAGGUCAUCGGCAUUCCCCUGGAGGACCUGGAUCCCUACUACAGUGACAAGAAGACCUUCAUCGUGCUCAACAAGGGCAAGGCCAUCUUCCGCUUCUCUGCCACACCCGCUCUUUACAUAUUGAGCCCCUUCAGCAUCAUCAGACGAGGCGCCAUCAAGGUGCUCAUCCACUCGCUGUUCAGCUUGUUCAUCAUGAUCACCAUCUUGACCAACUGCGUGUUCAUGACCAUGAGCGAACCGCCCCCCUGGUCCAAGAACGUGGAGUACACCUUCACAGGGAUCUACAGCUUUGAGUCCCUCAUCAAGGUGUUGGCCCGAGGUUUCUGCAUCGACAGCUUCACAUUCCUCCGCGACCCCUGGAACUGGCUGGACUUCAGCGUCAUCAUGAUGGCGUACCUGACGGAGUUUGUGGACUUGGGCAACAUCUCAGCCCUGAGAACCUUCCGGGUUCUGCGGGCCCUGAAAACCAUCACAGUCAUCCCAGGGCUGAAGACGAUUGUGGGGGCCCUGAUCCAGUCGGUGAAAAAGCUGUCGGAUGUGAUGAUCCUCACUGUCUUCUGCCUGAGUGUCUUUGCCCUGGUGGGGCUACAGCUCUUCAUGGGAAACCUGCGGCAAAAGUGUGUGCGCUGGCCCCCGCCCUUCAAUGACACCAACACCACGUGGUAUAGCAAUGAUACUUGGUAUGGCAAUGAUACAUGGUACGGCAACGAUACGUGGUACGGCAAUGAUAUGUGGGGCAGCCAGGAGACUGAGGCCAGCAACUAUACCUUUGACUGGGAUGCCUACAUCAAUGAUGAAGGGAACUUCUAUUUCCUGGAGGGCGCGUUGGACGCCCUGCUCUGUGGGAACAGCAGUGAUGCUGGGCAGUGCCCCGAGGGUUACGAGUGCAUUAAAGCUGGGAGGAACCCCAACUAUGGCUACACCAGCUAUGACACCUUCAGCUGGGCCUUCCUGUCUCUCUUCCGCCUCAUGACACAAGACUACUGGGAGAAUCUCUUUCAGCUGACCCUCCGAGCGGCCGGCAAGACCUACAUGCUCUUCUUUGUGGUCAUCAUCUUCCUGGGCUCCUUUUACCUCAUCAAUCUGAUACUGGCGGUGGUGGCCAUGGCGUAUGCUGAGCAGAACGAGGCCACCCUGGCUGAGGAUCAAGAGAAAGAAGAGGAGUUUCAGCAGAUGCUGGAGAAAUUCAAAAAACACCAGGAGGAGCUGGAAAAGGCCAAGGCUGCCCAGGCUCUGGAAGGCGGGGAGGCAGACGGUGACCCAGCCAGUGGCAAAGACUGCAAUGGCAGCCUGGACACAUCGACAGGGGAGAAGGGGCCCCCAAGGCCGAGCUGCAGUGCAGACAGUGGUAUCUCGGACGCAAUGGAGGAACUGGAAGAGGCCCACCAGAAGUGCCCGCCGUGGUGGUACAAGUGUGCCCACAAAGUGCUCAUAUGGAACUGCUGCACCCCAUGGGUGAAGUUCAAGAAGAUCAUCCAUCUGAUAGUCAUGGACCCCUUCGUGGACUUGGGCAUCACCAUCUGCAUUGUGCUCAACACCCUCUUCAUGGCCAUGGAACAUUACCCCAUGACGGAGCACUUUGACCACGUGCUCAACGUGGGCAACCUGGUCUUCACAGGCAUCUUCACAGCAGAGAUGGCACUGAAGCUCAUCGCCAUGGACCCCUACGAGUACUUCCAGCAGGGUUGGAACGUCUUUGACAGUAUCAUCGUCACCCUCAGCCUGGUGGAACUGGGCCUGGCCAACGUGCAGGGGCUGUCGGUGCUCCGCUCCUUCCGUCUGCUGCGGGUCUUCAAGCUGGCCAAGUCGUGGCCCACCCUGAACAUGCUCAUUAAGAUCAUCGGCAACUCCGUGGGGGCACUGGGCAACCUGACGCUGGUACUGGCCAUCAUCGUGUUCAUCUUCGCUGUGGUGGGCAUGCAGCUGUUCGGCAAGAGCUACAAGGAGUGUGUGUGCAAGAUCUCCGAGGACUGCAGCCUGCCCCGCUGGCACAUGCACGACUUCUUUCACUCCUUCCUCAUCGUCUUCCGCAUCCUGUGUGGGGAGUGGAUCGAAACCAUGUGGGACUGCAUGGAGGUGGCUGGACAGGCCAUGUGCCUCACCGUCUUCCUCAUGGUCAUGGUCAUCGGCAACCUAGUGGUCCUGAACCUCUUCUUGGCCCUGCUGCUGAGCUCCUUCAGCGCUGACAGCCUGGCGGCCUCAGACGAGGACGGGGAGAUGAAUAACCUGCAGAUCGCCAUCGGGCGCAUCAAGUGGGGUAUCGCCUUUGCCAAGGCCUUCCUGCUGGGCCUGCUGCAUGGCAAGAUUCUGAGCCCCAAGGAGAUCGUGCUCAAGCUCGGGUGGCCGGGAGAGGCCGGGGAGACCGGGGAGGCUGGGGAGAGUGCCCCCGAAGAUGAGAAGGAGCCGCCGCCUGAGGAGGGGGACAAAGACCUAAAGAAAGACAAUCACAUCCUGAACCACGUGGGCCUGGCUGAUGGGACUCCUACCAGCAUCGAGCUGGACCACCUCAACUUCAUCAACAACCCCUACCUGACCAUCCACGUGCCCAUCGCCUCUGAGGAGUCCGAUCUGGAGAUGCCAACAGAGGAGGAGACUGACACCGUCUCAGAGCCUGAGGAUAGCAAGAAGCCACCACAGCCCCACGAUGGGAACUCCUCCGUCUGCAGCACGGUUGACUACAAGCCCCCCGAGGAGGACCAAGAGGAACAGGUCCAGGAGGACCCCGAGGGGGAGCAGCCUGAGGAGUGCUUCACUGAGGCCUGUGUGCAACGCUGCCCCUGGCUCUAUGUGGACGUCUCCCAGGGUCGUGGGAAGAAGUGGUGGACCCUCCGCAGGGCUUGCUUCAGGAUCGUCGAGCACAACUGGUUUGAGACCUUCAUUGUCUUCAUGAUCCUGCUCAGCAGUGGAGCCCUGGCCUUCGAGGACAUCUAUAUAGAGCAGCGGCGCGUCAUCCGCGCCAUCCUGGAGUACGCUGACAAGGUCUUUACCUACAUCUUCAUCCUGGAGAUGCUGCUCAAGUGGGUGGCCUAUGGCUACAAGGUGUACUUCACCAAUGCCUGGUGCUGGCUGGACUUCCUCAUCGUGGAUGUCUCCAUCAUCAGCCUGGUGGCCAACUGGCUGGGCUACUCAGAGCUGGGACCCAUCAAAUCCCUGCGGACGCUCCGGGCCCUUCGUCCCCUGAGGGCACUGUCCCGAUUUGAGGGCAUGAGGGUGGUGGUGAACGCCCUCCUGGGAGCCAUCCCCUCCAUCAUGAAUGUGCUGCUUGUCUGCCUCAUCUUCUGGCUCAUCUUCAGCAUCAUGGGUGUCAACCUGUUUGCUGGCAAGUUCUACCACUGCAUCAACACCACCACCUCUGAGAAUUUCGACAUCUCUGAGGUCAACAACAAGUCAGAGUGUGAGAGCCUGAUGUACACUGGCCAGGUCCGCUGGGUCAAUGUCAAGGUCAACUAUGACAACGUGGGUCUAGGCUACCUCUCCCUCCUGCAGGUGGCCACUUUCAAGGGCUGGAUGGACAUCAUGUAUGCAGCCGUGGACUCCCGGGAGCAAGAGGAGCAGCCGCAAUAUGAGGUGAACAUCUACAUGUACCUCUAUUUCGUCAUUUUCAUCAUCUUUGGAUCCUUCUUCACCCUCAACCUCUUCAUCGGCGUCAUCAUCGACAACUUCAACCAGCAGAAGAAGAAGUUUGGAGGGAAAGACAUCUUCAUGACAGAGGAACAGAAGAAAUACUAUAAUGCCAUGAAGAAGCUUGGCUCCAAGAAGCCUCAGAAGCCAAUUCCUCGGCCCCAGAACAAGAUUCUGGGCAUGGUGUACGACUUCGUUACGAAGCAGGUGUUCGACAUCACCAUCAUGAUCCUCAUCUGCCUCAACAUGGUCACCAUGAUGGUGGAGACGGACGACCAGAGCCAGCUCAAGGUGGACAUUCUGUACAACAUCAACAUGGUCUUCAUCAUCAUCUUCACGGGCGAGUGUGUGCUCAAGAUGCUCGCCCUGCGCCAUUACUACUUCACUGUCGGCUGGAACAUCUUUGAUUUUGUGGUUGUCAUCCUGUCCAUUGUAGGCCUUGCACUCUCCGACCUGAUCCAGAAAUACUUCGUGUCACCCACACUGUUCCGAGUUAUCCGCCUGGCGCGGAUCGGGCGUGUCCUGCGGCUUAUCCGUGGAGCCAAAGGCAUCCGGACGCUGCUCUUUGCCCUCAUGAUGUCCCUGCCUGCCCUCUUCAACAUUGGCCUCCUCCUCUUCCUGGUUAUGUUUAUCUACUCCAUCUUCGGCAUGUCCAACUUUGCCUACGUCAAGAAGGAGUCGGGCAUCGAUGACAUGUUCAACUUUGAGACCUUCGGCAACAGCAUGAUCUGCCUCUUUGAGAUCACCACAUCAGCGGGCUGGGAUGGGCUCCUCAACCCCAUCCUCAACAGUGGGCCCCCCGACUGUGACCCCACCCUGGAGAACCCAGGCAGCAGCGUCAGGGGCGACUGUGGCAACCCCUCCAUCGGCAUCUGCUUCUUCUGCAGCUACAUCAUCGUCUCCUUCCUCAUCGUGGUCAACAUGUACAUCGCCAUCAUCCUGGAGAACUUCAAUGUGGCCACCGAGGAGAGCAGCGAGCCCCUGGGCGAGGAUGACUUUGAGAUGUUCUACGAGACGUGGGAGAAGUUCGACCCCGACGCCACGCAAUUCAUCGCCUACGAACGCCUCUCUGACUUCGUGGACACCCUGCAGGUGCCGCUGAGGAUCCCCAAGCCCAACAAGAUCAAGCUCAUCACGCUGGACUUGCCCAUGGUGCCUGGCGACAAGAUCCACUGCCUGGACAUCCUCUUCGCCCUGACCAAGGAGGUCCUGGGCGACUCGGGGGAGAUGGAUGCCCUCAAGGAGACCAUGGAGGAGAAGUUCAUGGCCGCCAACCCUUCCAAGGUCUCCUACGAGCCCAUCACUACCACGCUCAAGAGGAAACACGAGGAGGUGUGCGCCAUCAAGAUCCAGAGGGCCUACCGCCGGCACCUGCUCCAGCGUUCGGUGAAGCAGGCAUCCUAUAUGUACCGCCACAGCCAGGACGACAGUGGGGACAGGGCCCCCGAGAAGGAGGGGCUGAUCGCCAGCACCAUGAGCAAGAUGUACGGCCCUGAGAACGGGGACAGUGGUAUGCAGGACAAGGGUGAGGAGAGGGGCUCGACAGGGGAUGCUGGACCUGCUAUGGGGCUCACACCCAUCAGCCCCUCAGAUGCUGCCCCCGCUCCCUCCUCACCCCCGGCGCAGACAGUACGCCCAGGGGUCAAAGAGUCUCUGGUCUAGCAGGCAGCAGCAAGGUGGCCAGCUGAGCCUGGCUGAACCCCAAAGUUCCCCCCCAAACUGCUCUUUCACUGAGGAAGCAGGGCUUUGAGUGUGGAACUGAUCCAGCUCCCCGCUGGGGACAGGAUGUCGCCAUACUGGGGCUGACACCCAAGCUGGAGCACCUGCCUCUCUAGGCCCUGAAAAAGGGAAAUGGCCAUCUGAGGCCCCACGCUGGGCCUGAGGCCCCUGCCUCCCUGAUUUCACCUUCAAGUUGCUCUCACCCCGUCAUGGGCCCUGCUGCCCCUCCUCUAGGCCUGGGGGGAGGUCACAAAAUCAGAAUCUCUGACUCCUACUUGGGGAGGAGCCAGCCCACAAUGGAGGGGUUGUCUGCCCUCCUACCCCCAGUCUUAAGGGCUGCUGGCCUCUCCCCAGGAAGUGGCUCAGGCCCCCCAGGCCCUCCUGGACAAAGAUGUCUUAACCUCAGUGAAGCAGACACCUGACGCCAGGGCCUGCCAGCCCUCCCCAACUCUGGGAUGCAGCUUCACCUGCCAGCUAGAGAAUUCCCUAGAAAAGGGAAGUGUCACUGGCCCGAAAUGGCUCCACAAGCCUGACUGGCCACUGGAUCCUAAUGCAUUGGGCUGGGGUUGUGGCCCCUUUCACCAUUUCCUGGUGUGUCCGCUGUCCAGGCUUCUGCGCCCCUGGCUGGCCCCUGGGGGAAGAGCGCAGGGGAUGAUUGCCUUUUUUCUAAGAAGCACAGAUGGGCGGUACAGGUUGGGUCCACCAUAUCGCUGCACUGGAGGCUCUUCUCGGCCUGAGCACCCAAACCUGGGGAGGGGUUGGGGUCCCCAGCCCUCAGGAGGAAAAGUCUUGUUCCCUCCCUCCCUUCCUCACCCCUCAUCCUUUUGUCCCCCACUUCAAAGUGAUCAUAAGAAUGUUAUGUUGAGCCCGUGUUAGAGAUUCCCCACUGAGCUAUAUACAUGGCCCACCUGGUUCAGGCCCAACCUUCCAACUUCCUGCUGCCUGGAUAGCUGGGCGACACUCCUGCUGGCACAGCUGAUCUGGGCAUAGCAGUGCCAGGCCUCCUCUGGCUCCCGGAAAACAGACAGAGGUUGAACUUGGAGGCAGGGGUGAAAGACCUGCUCAGGGGUCACUGAAUUUAUUCACCUGUGUGUGUGUGCUUGUGUGUAUAGCUGUGCAUGUGUUCAAGUGUGUGAGCCACUGUAUCCCAUGAUGCCUGCAUGUCAUGUGUGUAUGGGUAUAUCUGUGUAAAUGUGUGUCAGUGUGCCCCUGCAGUGUCUGGCUGGUGUGUGUGUGUGUGUCUUCUGUGUAGGCUUGUCCACGCGAGUGUACCUGUGCUAUGAGUGUGUGGACGAAUGUGAACAUGUGUGGUACGGUUGAGUCCCUGUUGGCCUUAGUUCCUCUUCUUUUCUUCUUGUUUCUUGUGAACAGUUUGAUUAAAACUCAGGAAGCAGCAAAACCUCCAAAACAACAUAUGUGUGUGUGUUUGUGUGUGCACACACCCAUAGGCCAGAGCCUUCCUUUCUGUCUGCCCUGCUGUCUGGCCGCCUCACUGCCCUGCCCGGGGGGUGUCACUCUCUCUCACUCCCCAUGACUCCACUGUCCUCCCUCCCGCUGGUUCUCCGCAUCACACCAUUGCCCCAGCCCUGCUCCCCAUCUCCUGCCUGUGUCCUCUGUGGAAGGAGGCCCCACUCCUUCCGUCUCUUCCUGUAGCAGUUGUGAAUGUUCCUUCAGACGGUUCAUCCUACAGGGGGGCAGCCUCCUCCUUGACCAGCACCCUGCCCACCACCUUGCCCUCCUCAGACCCUGGACUGGCAUGGCCCCAAGAGCCUCAGCAUCUGUUGGACUGGAUAUUCUUCGCCAGAUUGUCUCCAGCUUGUAAAGCAUCCCCCUGCCUGUGCCCCCUCCCCACCUGCAGACCCACACCCAUUCACAGCAGGUAGGAACUGGCCCAAGCCAGGCCAGCAGACCGGCUCCUUUGUACAGUUCUUAUAAUAAAUCUCCCCAUGGUGCCUCUGA